GACAGAGUCCGGACGCAACUCUCGGCCAUUUUGCGAACACACCACCUCAGGUGGGCCGAGUUUAAGAUGAUCAGACCCCAUUUGUCUGAAACUGAUAGGGCUGAUCGGGGUGGAAGAGCGACGGGCUGGAACCAUGGAGUCGUCCUCUGAUGAAGAGGAGGUGCGCACCUUCGUCCAAGUCAUGAGUGAGAAAUACAACCCAGAGAAUUUCCCCUAUGGCCAAGGAGUAAUGGUUCUGUCCAGCCCGCCAGGAUCCCCCGUCAAAGAUCGCCUGUUCUUGCCCAGCAUACUGGUUCUGAAUUACGGUGGAAUCAGUAAAGCCGGUGACAGGUCAGACAUCGCAGCUUUCUGUGCCCAUGUGGUAGAGCUGGACCUGUCCCACAAUCAACUUAACGACUGGGUAGAGAUCUGCACCAUCGUUUCCAACAUCCCCCACCUGGACUUCCUCAAUCUGAGCAUGAACCCUCUGAGCGGCGUAGAGCUGGAGCCCAGCAUGGCAGAUGUUUUCUCCAAGAUCCGCCACCUUGUCCUCAUUAACACGCGCGUCAGCUGGGACACCGUGCACACACUCACACAGCAUACACCAGAGCUUGAGGAGCUUUUCCUGUGCCUGAAUGGCUACAACACCGUGUCAGAAUCCCAGACGUCCUGUCCGUCACUACGCCUGCUGCAGAUUACAGACAACCAGCUGCGGGACUGGGCAGAAGUGAGGAAGUUUGGGAUGAUGUACCCAAGUCUGAGCACACUGGUGUUGGCCAAUAAUACUGUGGACUCUGUGAGUGACACUCAGGAAACACUGCAGUGCCUCUUCCCCAACCUGCGCAGUAUCAACCUUAACAACUCAGGGCUUAGUAAAUGGGAGGACAUUGAAAGGCUGAAUUUCUUCCCUAAGCUUGAGGAAGUCAAAGCAAAGGGGAUUCCUUUAUUGCAGUCUUACACCGCCCACGAGAGACGUAGCCUCCUCUUAGCACAGCUGCCAUCUGUAAUGGUGUUGAAUGGGGGUGCAGUGUCUGAUGGAGAGAGAGAGGAUGCUGAGAGGUUUUUCAUCAGGUGCUACCAGGACUGUCCAGAACAGGAGCUUCCUGAGAGGUACCACGUCCUGGUAUCCAAGUACGGUCACCUGGCCCCGCUGGCGGAGGUGGACCUGAGCCCCCGCUGCACCACGGUGGAUGUUCGCUGGGGCGAGAGGGUGGAGGCCGUCAGCCUUCAUCUGGAGCAGACAGUGGGCGACCUGAAGAAACACCUUAAAGCUCUGCUGCAGCUGCCCACCAAUGGGAUCAGGCUCUUCUACAUCAACCGGGAGAUGUGUUCGGUCUUGGGACCUGAGGAGUUGAAGUACGGCUGCCGGGCCCUCCAUUCCUACAGAAUUCGAGAUGGGGAUGAGAUUCUAGUAGUGCCCAAAGUCAAAAGUCGCAGCAGCUCCUCAGAUCUUUGAGUCAGGAGGCUCUCUGGUUUUGGAUGAAUGGGACAGGAAUUUAUGAAAUUAGUUAAUGAACACUGACUGGAUACUAAGCUUUGACUUGAGCCUUUUUAGAUUAAAAAGGGUGAAAUUUUUCAACCUUGAAUGUAACGAUGUUUGCUGUCCAACGUAUUGAACAAAUUUAUAAUAUAUUUGCACAUAGGAUUUCCACAUUCACAAAGACUGAGUGCAAGUCACACAUUUCUGUGCUUUAGUCACUUGAGCUAAGACUGCAGUUUGCAUCUCAUUUAUGAAAAAUGGUAUGCAAAUCCAGACGUGGCACAAAUAGUCCUCUGAAUGAAAAUACAGCUGCCAUAAUUACCAAUUGAACGCACAAAUUGCACAUUGAUUUUAUAUCUAAAACCAUUUUAUAAUUGGAGUGUUGUCUGAUUAUAUCUGAGAUUUUAGCAUGAAAAACUUCCCCUUCCUUGCCUGACAUGCUGGUGACACUACUGCACCAUGCAUGGCACUUAUUAGUAUGUACUUUAGUAGUGAAACAUUUUUAAAUUGGGUGGCAAAAUUUAUUAUACACAAGUUCAGAUGGAAAUUGGAUUUUAAAAAAUACCAGCUGCUGUGCAUAAGUUCUGUAGUUUCACUGUUCGUUGUGUUUUCAAAAUACCUUGGCUGGCUUUUCUGCACCAUAAUCAGCAGCUCUUCGAUGUUUUCUCUCCACUUUCUGCUAGUAGAAGAUUACUCUGAGGCCUGUUUACUGUAAGCUGUGAACAGUGUCCUCCGGCAGCAGUGAACAGUGGAACUUUUUAUGCCUGCGAGUAUACAGUUUGGGUGAAAAUCAUUCUAAACCAAUCUACUGCUUAAAAGCCAACACAGUGGUAAACAAUGAACCUUGCUCAUGCAGCAGUGAUUGCAGCCAAGCUGACUUCAAUUUCUGCACGUUGGUAUCGCCGAGUGUUUGUGAACUGGGUGCAGUCUACAUUUGCAUCACAUACAAAUAAUUAUUAUGUGGGUAAAAAGAAUGAAUGAAUUUUAUUAAUAUUUUCAUGAUUAUGACUGGCUCAAAGAGGCUUUGUUUUAUCUAACCUUUAUUCAAGCAGAGUAGAUUUGCUAAUGAGAACGUUCUUUUCCAGGAACAUGAGUGUGUGCUUAAGUAACACAAAUCUUUCCGUGCUUCUUCCUGUCACUCAGAUCGUUCUCUUUCCACAUGACUCUUGAUAGCAGUGAAAUAUCCUGGGAUAACCCGCCGAGCUGAAAUCACAAAUGCAGUGUGUUGGGGAUAGUGUAGAGCACAUGGUCAGUCAAGACGCCCUGGCAGAAAGACGAGACACAUCUGAGGUGAGCGUGGGUCUGGGAGAGAGAAAAGGAGGAGUGUUGAUGCUCAAGUUACUGCAGGUCUGAAUGGAGCAGCUCUCUCUCCCUGCAGAGGCAGCGGAGAAACGGCCCAGUCUGUAUGGUAACCACACACCAGCCGCUGUGUCAUGAACACUUCCGCUGCAUUUAGGUUAGAAUGGGUUCACCCAACAGACUCUCGCCCCUCACCCAUUCACCUCAAUCUCUCCUUUACAUCCGUCGUACAAACCUGACACUUUUAGUGUCUGCUGUUUCACAGGAUGUGGAGUUAUGAACCAUCGCUCACAUUGGCAUUGAUUGUUUUCAAAAUCAAAGAAAUAUAGAAAAACACGUUUUCCACUGCAGGAAUUUAAGAGCCCAUAACCCGGGGCUUCUCUUAACCUGAACUUUUAAGAACCCUGUGAAGCUUAGGUACUAGGUUGUUCCUUGCAUUUCCACAUGUAACUAUAGGGUCGCACAUGCUCACAGAGGAUCCAACUCCCACAUUUUCAUAAUGUGUGGUGAGGAGAUUGAGAUAUGAGUUUAUGCACCAAAAGAGAGAGGAAGAAUUUACACAUUGUGAUCCUUCUUCUUUUUCCCCCCGCUUGGCUGUGUGGUGUAUCCCCAUCUCAAACCACUGACUCACUCUCCCUCUGAAUGUCCUCUCCCCAAAUACUAAUGAGGGCCUGGACAUCUUCAUUUGUCCAACAAGCGUUCUUCAUUAUCUGUUGUACUGGUUACUGCUGUUGUGUUUGUUGCUGUCGUGAUGUGAUCAUACAUCUAGUUGACCAAUAUUGAGCGGCAGCACUGCUGGCAACCCCUAAAAGUACUUGCCUUUAGGAUCACCUCCUGAGCAGUGCUGAAGUUGACUUCCCGUAGUCCAAAGACAGGCAGGUCAGGCUGAUCGGAGACUCUAAAUAAAAUAUGUGUUGAUGUUUCAUGUUCCCUGCCUUUUGCUCAAUGCAAGCUGGGAUAUGUUCCAGCCUGCCUGAACCUGAACAGCUCAAACAUUUCACCAUAUGUGUAUUGCAUGUAUGCAGUGUAAAUUGGGCCAAAUAUCAAGUGCAUUUGUUGAUGAAAAGAUACUAAAAAUCAGGAAGGUCUUGCACAAGCAAUCUCUUUUAAAUAUCAGAGUUCCAUGAAUGCAAAGUAGUUUAUAUUUGGAUUGGGUGAAGUGAGCUGCCAGGAAAAAAUGUUUCUCUUAAACACAUUUAUACCAAUUAUAAGGGAAGUUUAGCCUUGUGUUACCGAAAGAGUGUGAAAAUGUGUUGAGGUGUCGUCAUCCUGUGGCAGCCUUACAGUGCUGUCUGGAUCGCUCCUCUGACACAAACUUACUUUGUGUAGUAAAUAACUGGAGAUCUGUUUUGGGUUUUUCUCUGUCACAUACAUUAUAUUAUAUUAUGAUUGAGUGCUCACAUGGGAAGUAAUGGGAUGAGCGUGAAGCGUUAUGUUUCUGAAGUGGAUCGUGGUAAGUUGGUGGUUUGCAUGUUCUGAUAUUUGAUGUUUGAUUUAAAAUGUGUAUGAGAUCAUUUGUGUGUUAUUUCAGGGAACCAAUGUUGUUUAUGGGCAUUUGUAAUUUAGACACUUUUAACAUAUUAUCUGUGCUCCUGUCACCCUCACCUUUAUCCCUCUAUAAUACCAAAUACAAAGAUUAUUUACAGAUUUAAAAAUCUAAAGAUAGUUGCUAAUCUGUUAUACAGUUUGCCUUGUGUUGUUUAGUAUAUGAUGUUUAAUUUAUAUCAUGUUUGCUUUCUGUAGUUUCUUAAAAUGUAUAUAUUGAUAUUUUCAAUGGUAAAUGCUUGUUUUCUUUCUGGAAAUCAUAAUGCCAUUUCUCCACCUGCACGGUAUAAUACUGCUUCCACUUCUCUUAAAGAAAUAAAUUCAAAUUAUUUCAUCUUA